AUCCCUGUGUGUCUCUGCGCUGUGUUGCCCCCUCCUCUGCUUCCUUUACCUGAUCACCACUCUCUCUUUUCCCCUCUCUCACUCUCUUUCCCUCUCUUAUCCACUCUCAGUCCAUUGUGUUACAGAUCAGGAGGAGGACAGCUCCAUCUGCCAGCCGUAGAGAAGUAUUAGACAGGGAGUUGUGCUUCCGUGGCCACCAUGGACACAUUUUUCCGUCGUCAUUUUAAGAGGAAGGAGGCGGGGGCAGAGCCUGAGCUUUGUCGAAUCAGAAGGCCCAGUGUUGCUGUGCCAACUAGUCGAGCCCGCAGGCGUUCCAGUGUAGGCCUGCCCUCAGCCACGCUGGCCCAGCGCAGGAGAUCCAGCGUCCACCUGCAGUCGCUGCCCCAUGUUGCCUCCAGCCGAUCAAGCAAAAGUGGCAGCACAAGACGCCGUUCCAGCACCACCACUCCAGGGGCAAACCCACGCUUUGCCGUGCGCCGAAAGAAGGUCAGCAAGCUUCGAAACAUCGACACCCAUCUUCUUGGCCCUUCCAUGCUGCUGGCCAGCCUUAUUCAGAUGACAGAAGAGGAUGAGGAGGUUCGUGACCCAGCUGUUGGACAAGUGGAGUUCAAAGGGAAUGCCCCCAAGUCUAGUAUCUGUUCAAACCCUUUGCUCUCAGAAGGGGAAAGUGAAAGUGAUAGCCCGAACUCCACUGCGUUCUCAGAUGAUGAUCAGUACUCAGAGCUAUAUGAAGACUGUCUUACAGAAGCAGAUUCUUCAGAAUGGGAGUUUAGAAACUCCUCAAUUUUAUGCCAGCGAGACUGUCUGGGAGUGGUCGUAGAGCGAGUCCAGGCCCACCCACUAAUCCGUGUACCACGCUGCCUCAGGAGAAACUCCUCCAAUCUAGGACGUCGUGAAACUGGCCCACAUGGUCGCUACUAUCGCAGUAGCCAGCGGAGGCGCCAUAGACGCAUCUCUACCAUCUCCAAGGCUGGCAGCCCUUGGCCAGAGAGAGGCCUACCGCUGCCCAGUCGCAGAAACUCCACCUGCUGGAAGACUCAUGCCUCACUCGGCCCACUAAUGGGAGCCCAUUAUAACCCCAGACUGGAGUCAUGGAGUGGGUUCCUCUCGAAAGCUAUUGCAAAGUCUGGUGUUCAGCAACUGACAGCCCAGUCCAGUGCCACAAUGCCAGCAAAGUGUGAAGGUAUCAAAGAGAUCUCUCAGACAGUCGACUGGACCGAGAACGCUCAGUUUGGACAGCAUGUCUGGUUCGAGACCAGUCUUUCAGGAGAUUUCUGCUAUGUUGGAGAGGUUUACUGCUUUGUCAAAUCACUGCAAAAAUCACUGCCUCGUUAUAAAUGUGCUGCCUGCAAAAUAGCUGUUCACACAAUAUGCAUGGAGCAGUUAGAAAAGAUUAAUUUCAGAUGUAAGCCAUCAUACAGGGAACCAGGGACCAGAAAUGUGCAAGAGACUUGUACUGUAAGGCAUCACUGGGUUCGCAGGAGACGGCAGGAUGGGAAAUGCCGACAGUGCGGAAAGGGCUUUCAGCAGAAGUUCUCCUUCCACAGUAAAGACAUAGUGGCUAUCAGUUGCUCUUGGUGUAAACAGGCAUACCACAAUAAGGUGACAUGCUUCAUGCUGCAACAGAUAGAGGAGACGUGCUCUCUUGGGGCUCAUGCUGCUGUUAUAGUGCCUCCUACCUGGAUCAUCCGAGUCCGCAGACAGCAGGCGUCACUAAAGUCGAGUAAAAAAAGGAAGAAGGCCUCCUUGAAAAACAAGGCCAGCAAGAAAGGACCAGAGGAUGGAAAAUGGAAGCAAUUUAUAGUGAAGCCAAUUCCUUCCCAACUCAUGAAGCCAUUACUUGUGUUUGUGAACCCAAAGAGUGGUGGAAAUCAGGGAACAAAAAUUAUCAGGUCUUUCAUGUGGUACCUAAACCCACGACAAGUGUUUGAUCUCACUCAGGGAGGACCUAAAGAGGGGCUAGAAAUGUACCGCAAAGUGCCCAAAUUGCGCAUCCUAGUAUGCGGGGGAGAUGGAACGGUUGGCUGGAUCCUGUCUGUGCUGGACGAGCUGCAGCUGAAACCUCAACCUGCUGUAGCUGUCCUCCCUCUCGGCACAGGAAACGACCUGGCCAGAACACUCAACUGGGGAGGGGGCUACACAGAUGAGCCAGUGUCUAAAAUCCUUUCUCAUGUGGAGGAUGGGAACAUUGUGCACCUGGACCGCUGGAACCUGACCGUGGAGCCCAACCCGGAGGCUACAGAGGAAGAGAAGGAUGAACACCAGACAGACAAGCUUCCCAUCAAUGUCUUCAAUAACUACUUCAGCUUGGGUUUUGAUGCACAUGUCACACUGGAAUUCCAUGAAUCCCGAGAGGCCAAACCUGAAAAAUUCAACAGCCGUCUUCGCAACAAGAUGUUUUAUGCAGGGACGGCAUUUUCUGACUUCCUUAUGCGCAGCUCCAAAGAUCUCUCUAAACACAUUAGAGUGGUGUGUGAUGGAACAGACCUCACUGGUAAAGUUCAGGAACUGAAGCUGCAGUGUCUGCUCUUCCUUAACAUUCCUAGGUACUGUGCUGGUACAACGCCGUGGGGUAAUCCGAGUCCAAGUGAAGACUUUGAGCCUCAGAGGCAUGAUGAUGGCUGCAUUGAAGUUAUUGGAUUUACCAUGACCUCUCUGGCCACUCUGCAGGUGGGGGGUCAUGGAGAGAGGCUGCAUCAGUGCCGUGAAGUGAUGCUCACCACCUCCAAGCCCAUUCCUGUGCAGGUGGACGGCGAGCCCUGCAGACUGGCCCCCUCUAUCAUCCGCAUCACCCUCAGGAAUCAGGCCAAUAUGGUGCAGAAAACCAAGAAGAGGAUCUCCCUCCCUCAGCUCAAUGAUCAACAGCCCAUCUCUGAACAGCUGCAGAUCCAGGUAGGCAGAAUCAGCAUGCACGACUAUGAAACUCUACACUACGACAGCGACAAGCUCAAGGAGGCCUCAAUUCCUCUGGGCGUCAUCACCGUCUCUAGGGAGAGUGAUUUGGAGACUUGUCGCCUGCACAUUGAGAAGCUGCAUGAGCAGGGGUGUGAUGUGAAUUCAGACUCAGCGACCAUACCAAAACUGUCCCCAAAAUGGUGCUUCCUAGACUCCACAACAGCAGAUCGCUUCUACAGAAUAGACCGUGCUCAGGAACAUCUGAAUUAUGUGAUUGAGAUCUCCCAGGAUGAGCUUUUUAUCCUGGACCCAGAGCUGGUCACUAAGAAGACAGUGGGUACAUCUCCAGGAAUGCCGGGAAUGGUGGAGGCAGUGGGAGAAAGCUCCAGCAGCUCUGACCAGUUCGCCUUCCCAGCGUGCUCUCCUGCCCCCUCUCCACUGAGCAGGGUUAAUGAGAAACAGGCUGCAUGUCCGAGAAAGCGAAUGUCGUGGGAUGGAACCAACGCAGGGGAACAGAAAGAUGCAGUGGUAUCUAUAAAUAAAGGCCUUUGCAGGUCGGAGGAUGCUAUCUGGAAUGCAGCUGAUAAAGAGACUGAGAUAUUAAUUGAAAGUGUGAAGUCUGGAAACUUUGAAAAGCUAGUGCAGCUACACAAGGAUGGGACCAGUCUUGAAGUAUAUGAUGCGUUGGGCUGUACUCCACUCCAUUACGCUGUAGAUGUGGGCAGCAAAGAAAUGGUCAAAUACCUCAUAGAGAAUGUUCCACCAGGUUUACUGGACGCAGUGGAAAAAGAGACGGGUGAAACGGCUCUGCAUAAGGCUGCAGCUUUGUGCCACAGGACAAUCUGUGGUUAUUUGGUGGAUGCGGGAGCUUCUCUCAUAAAGACAGACCUACAGGGUGACACUCCCAAAGCCCACGCAGAGAGAGCUCAGGACUGGGUGCUGGCCGAGUAUCUGGAGAGCCAUCAGCACCUCCAGAUGAUCCAGAGGGACGACCAGGAGACAGCAGUGUGACCGACCUCCACUUCCUCUGGAAAACUUUCUGAGCAUGGCUGAAUGACAGAGCUGGGACAGCAUGUUAUCAGAGAAAGAGCCUGUCUUUUUUCUCUCUUGAUUGUAAUGCCAAAUCAUUUAUCAUUUUUGACAUCCUGUGUCAGAAUGCAUGAAUGUGCUUCUUGUGCAGUUGUGUCGGGGAUUGUUUUGAGCUACAUGCUGCCUGCUCCUUAGGACAUAAUGUGCAAACCUUUUGGACUUCAGGGCUAGAAUAACUGUGUGUAUGACUGUGGCUCUUUAACCUUAUAAAGCAAACCGCUUAAACCUCAGAAUAGUUCAUUUUUAAGAGAAGGGGAUAAAUUGAGUGAAGGAGUUUUUUUUUGAAGAAAGUAAUCCUGCUUUUGACUUAAUUUGCUCUUAUAAUCAAAGUAUUGUAUGAUUGCCAGAUUCAGAGAUGUUUAUGAUCCGAUUGACAUUUGUCAGUUUGUUAGAAUGUUUUACUAGUAUUAAUAUCUACUUACUACUUGUAGCUUUACUUCAUCUGUUUGUCACUUUGGCUGAAUUGGACUUUGCCAGCCAUCUGCUUUUAAAGCUACUUCCUUGGCUGUUGCUUUUGGGCUCUUUCUGUCUUAAUAUUUUGUUGCGCUUAACAGACUUAUAAGCAUGCUUAUGUACAUCAAGUAACAAUGUUAAUUACUCUCUUUUUUCCUGAUUCUGAUCUGGUCUCUAGACUAGCCUCUUUGAACAGAUUACUCCCUAAGAGAUUUUCUAAAGAUAUUUUGUUUUCUAGAGUUACUAUGACAUAUAGACUAUUACAUAUCUCCUUACUAUACAAGCUUGAAAGUGUUCUGGGGCCAAAAUAUCAGGUCGUUUUUUUUCUGUACGGACACCCAAAGAUGGUGUGACUGUUACUGUCUGUCAAGGCCAUUGAAUUAUGUUGUAGAUCUUGAGAUAAUUAUUUAAACAGAUAAGUAAGUAGUUGCUGUGGAGGGUUGGGGUGUAACAAAGAAUAAGAAAUAUUAAAAAUAAGUUUCAAAUAUCUUCAGUUUUUUCAAUUGUCUUGAAUUCUCUCUGAUGUCUUAACUUUUCCUUUUUGUGCAGAAGUUCACACUCUCAUUCAUUUAAUGAGUAACAUCUGACAUACUUCAGCAAGUCUGUUAUUCUUACACAUAUUCGUGGUUUAGUGAAUGUCCUAGACUGCUAGAUAAGAUUAUUUUACAAAGGAUGUUGACUGGUUGGGUUCUGUGUUCUAAUUCAAAAUGGAUUAUUUUUUAAUGCCAUCAUUGCCAUAACCUUGUUUUUUUUUUUAAUGUGCUGUCAGGAUAGAGUUAAAGUGUGCAUUGUCAGUGCUCUGUUUGGAGUUGCUGUGCAAUUCAGAUAUAGUAUGUCUGUAUAUGUAUAUAUAUCCAUAUAAACAUACAAAUAUGUGAAUAACUUGAGCAUUCCCAUAUCCUAUCCAAGCAUUUGUAUCAGAUUAUUGACUUAAGUAGGCACAUAUAUAAGACUUAGGAAUUCAGGUUUAUUAGUUGUAUAUUUGUUGUUUGGGCUGGUUUGUUACUGUCUACUUGUAAAAAAAAUUAAAUAAACUCUUAAAUUUCA